GUCACUUCCGGUGUAUGCGUCCGCGUGAGAAGCGGCGAGCUCAUGGCUACCCUGGAGUCUUCCAGGCUGGACAGCCAGAGUGGAGACACGGAGACAGACGGGCUACAGAGUGCAAGGUGGCUGUACUGUGGAGAGCCCGACGACAGGCAGAGAGCUGUGCUGGUCCAGUUCUCCAAUGGGAAGCUUCAGAAUCCAGGCAACAUGCGCUUCACCUUGUACAACAGCAACGACUUGGUAAACCCCAGGCUGAGGAAUCAGCGGAUCCUGGCAGCUGAAACAGACAGGCUUUCCUAUGUUGGAAACAAUUUUGGGACUGGUGCCCUCAAAUGCAACACUCUUUGCAGACACUUUGUGGGAAUUCUGAAUAAGACCUCUGGCCAGAUGGAAGUAUAUGAUGCUGAGUUGUUCAAUAUGCAGCCACUGUUUGCUGAAGAUGCUAUUGAGCAGGAGCCUCCUCCAGAGAACCAGACCAAGACUUUCAGGGAGAAGUUGGAUUCUUGCAUUGAAGCCUUUGGAAGCACCAAGCAGAAACGGUCCCUGAACUCCAGAAGAAUGAAUAAAGUUGGCAGCGAAUCUUUGAAUCUCACAGUAACUAAAGCUGCAGAGAACAUUAUUGAUACAAAGGGUGUGCAAGCUCUGGUUAGCGAUGCCAUGCAGGAUGACUUGCAGGAUGACUCCCUCUACCUUCCUCCUUGCUAUGCUGAUGCAACCAAGCCCGAAGACGUGUACAGAUUUGAAGACAUUCUGUCCCAGGCUGAGUAUGAUGCUCUUGAGAGCCCAUCAGAAGCUUUCAGAAAGGUCACAUCAGAAGACAUACUGAAGAUGAUCGAAGAGAACAGACACUGUUCCUUCAUCAUAGAAAUGCUGAAGUCUUUACCAUCAAAUGAGGAGAGUCGAGACCGGCAAGCCCGGAGCAUCUGCUUUCUAGAUGCCCUCAUCAGAUUUCGAGCUCAGAAAGUGAUAAAGGGAAAAAGUGCCCUAGGACCUGGAAUCCCCCAUAUCAUCAACAGCAAGCUGCUGAAGCAUUUCACCUGCUUGACUUACAACAAUGGCAGUCUACGGAACGUAAUUUCAAAUUCUAUGAAGGCCAAGAUCACUGCGUAUGCGAUCAUACUUGCCUUGCACAUAAAUAACUUCCAGAUCGACCUGACGCUGUUGCAGGGAGACUUGAAACUCAGUGAGAAAAGGAUGAUUGAGAUAGCAAAAGCCAUGAGGCUGAAGAUCUCCAAAAGAAAGGUGACCCUGGCAGACGGCAGGGAAGAGGAUCACAGACUGGGCACUCUGUGUGUCCCCCUGCCUCCGGCCCAGACCUCAGAUCGACAGUCUAAGCGGAAGAAGAUGACCUAGAUGUUUUCCAGAAUCACAGCCACUCCUGUGCACUCCCACUUGUACUUUUUGAAAAGGGAGGCAGACUGGAUGUUUGGUUACCUAUAACUCAAGUACUCAGGAGACUGAGGCAGGGGACUGUGGAUCCUGGGCCAGCCUGGGACUGCUGUGCUCCCCACGCCCCGCCCCA